AAGCUCCUCCUCACUCACUGCUCUCUUUUACGCACAGGCAAACCCAGCUUCUGUUAUGGCAGGGGCUGCUCACUGGCAUUUACCAAACAGCCGCGGCAUGCCACUCUCCCUGACGCCACCUCCCUGCCUUCUCAGGAGACAGACAGUCAGGCUGAACUAGCUGAGAGCAGACUGACUGAGGGGGACUGUCUGGCAAACACACCCUCAAAUCAGCAAAGACAAAGUGGGGGAAACUGCUGAACAUGUCACAAGAUACCGAGGGUCCAAUCGGAUAAUGUGACAACAAAUAAACUGGGGAACAGAAGAGAACAAAAGAUGGAAGGACAAAACGGAAAUAUUCCAACUUUCAAAACAGCAGAGAAUGGAAUCAAAGGGAAGCCCCCAUACUCAGUUGAAACCCCUUAUGGCUUCCGACUUGACCUGGACUUCCUGAAAUAUGUAGACGACAUAGAAAAAGGCAACACCAUCAAAAGAGUUCCCAUCCAGCGCCGAAGCAAGGGACCCCGUGCAAGCACUCUACCCAGACAACUCAACCCUUCUGGAGGUGGCUACCGCCCAAGUCCCUGGGGGUCCACUGGAGCUCUUGGUCCCAGGUCCCGGGUGUCAGAAGGUCAUCAUCAUGGCUACACUUCCUGGGCGUACGAUCACAGACCACCCCUCUCUCCGACAGGGCUCCAAUCCCUGGCAGAAAUGGAGGCCAGAAUCAAGGAGUUUGAUGAGCAGCCUCUCGGAGAGCACAUCAGACCUCACCUCCUCCGUGCCUCCAGCCUGCCACUCACAGUUUUACUAAGACAGGGGUCAGAGUCCACAGAUGACCCCAGUAGCCUCCGGAGUUCAAGGGAUCACCUCGGAGGAAGAAACACCUCAUGCGAAGACGUCUUCCACUCUCUAGACAGCCUUCGCCCUCAGGAGAGCUCAGGGCUGUUGAGGCGCCUGACUGAGGCUCUAGAACGUGUCGGGGAGCUGGAGAUGGAGGUGAGGGUCGUUCCUGAGCUCAGGGCACAGAUCUGCAUCCUUCAGGAGGAAAGAGAAAGGCUCCGUCUGGGCCUGAAUCCACAUAUCCAUCCCUCCUCGAUGAAUGGAACCACAGACCCUCGUACCUCCUCUCACUAUGGCAAAGUGGAUGUCAAACGGCCUCGACAUGAAGGUCACAUCAUGUUUCUUAGAAAUCACAGUGAUGUCCUUAAUCCUACACACGAGUGGAGGACUAGCACAGAUCUGGAUGAGCUGCUGACGGUGACGUCCCUGCAGGCCAAAGUAGCUGUACUGGAGCAGAAGCUACAUGAGACCGGCCAGGAGCUCCAGAGGGUGUUGGGGGUGCUGAGGGAGCAGCAGGAGGAGAGCAGGAGGAAAGACGAGAAGAUAGAAUACCUUAUGAAGAAUCCUGGGGCGUGGGUUCGUGCUGAGAGGGUGGUGGUCGACCAUGAUGGAGAUGAGACAGUUGUGAGAUCCAUUGAACCAGAUGACCAUAAAUCCUUUGUCAGUACAAGAACUGUUGUCACAAAUGGUCAAAGAGGUCGCCAACAAGACUCUGUAGUCAGUUCGGCUGAAAGGAGUUCACCAGUGUCUGUGGAUGCUACAGACACAGCAGUGGUCGUCCACCACAUAAAGAAGAUCAAGAGUCUCCUGGAUCAGCAAUGGGAGUGUUUGUGUGCAGAGAGUGAAGAGGAUAAACCUCUAAAGCACCCAGAUCCCAAAGUCAACUCUCUGCAGCAGGAGAUGUUGGAACUUGUUGACAUCCUUACAUCCCACUACAAACAGCAUGAACACAGCAAUGGAGAAAAGAUUCAUCUUGAAGCCUCUAAAUCCAUCCCGAAGACAGAUGGAUGCACCAGGAUGUCAAAAGACCUACAUUCUGGGGGCGUUAAUGAAGGACGCAAAAUGGCCGAGAGUGGACAUCUGGUUGGCCAGGACUGUGUGACCAAGAGUGUUCGUGGUGAUUUGGAGCAGAGGAAAAGCAGCAGUAGCCCCCAGGAAAUGGCUGCUGCCCAGGUGAAUGUAGACCCAGAGAGGAGAGUGAUGGAGAAGGAGAGGCAAACAUGCCCAGACAGACAGAUGACAUCGGCAGGAACAGGAUCAGGGCGGACAGAUGGAGGCGAAGUGUCUGUGGAAGCUGAGGUUCCAGAGAAAACGGCCAAGUUGAAAGCCCAGCCCCCAGGAGAACAGAUGGAGGGCAACUCUGGCUCAGAUUCAACCACCAGGGGCAGUGAGACAGUGAGUGCAGACUUCAUGGUUGCUUGUCACUUCCUCAGAGAUCACAUGGACAACAUGGAUAACCCCAAUGAUGACAUGAGAAAGGCCCUGGUUGUAUUGUUUCAGCACUGGUUCAGUGCAGCAGCAGAGGAGACUUCUGUAGCCACCAGGGUGUCUGUUUACCUAAAGGAAGUAAAGAAGGCGACUCCUUCUCUGCUGACCUUCCUGGUCAACCUGGCAGAUGACAACGGCAACACGGUGCUGCAUUACAGCGUAUCUCACUGCAACUACAGCAUCGUCAGCCUGCUACUGGAAACAGGUGCGAGUGACAUGAACCUCCAGAACAACGCCGGCUACACAGCAGUGAUGUUGGCCUCGCUGACAGCCCCUGAUGGACCUGCUGGGAUGGAAGUGGUCCGCAAGCUAAUGGAGCUGGGCAACAUUAACAUUCGCUCCAACCAGACGGGUCAGACAGCUCUGCAUCUGGCAGUGAGACACGGCCGGGUCGUGAUGGUUCGCCUGCUGCUGAGCUACGGGGCCGACACUAACAUCCAGGACAGCCAGGGAACCACGGCCCUCAUGUUCGCCUCUGAGAGGGGCCACACACACAUCGCAAGGCUGCUGCUGGAAAGAGGCCAGUGUGACCUGUCACUGACUGACAAGCGGGGUCAAACAGCGCUCUCCAUCGCCAUGCAAGGUUCCCACACUGACACAGCCGCCCUGCUGCAGGCCCACGCUAAAGCUCGAGCUCUGUAGACCUGGAAAGCCAAAAAAGCUUUGCAGACAUAUGACCUUAUUUCUCAUAUGUGGUCUGCGUGAACAUUAGCUUGAGGUUUAGUCAAUCAUUAUAUUGAGACGCUACACCAUCAGUGAGGGAGGUAAAGCUUAUAUGAGUGCCAUGAUUGCUGGUGCAGUAUACAGUGAAUGUGCUGUUUUCUAUUGUCUUUACUGUUGAUGUUCAUAGUUAUUUCUGAUCUUUGCACAUCCAAGCGGCAGCUUAGCUCUGCAACCUAUGCAAUUAAAAAUAUGUAUUUAUUAUGUUUAUUGUUUCGGUCACAUGAAUAUGUUCACGUUUAUCUAAAGGUUUGAGCUUAUAAUAAAAUUGUAUGUAUCUGUUUUUAAGAGGAA